AAUACCCUGGGUUGCGAGCGUUCUAUAUUCCGUGCCAAAGACACCACGUGGAGCGAUGGACAUGUCCCUCGAUGAUCUCAUCAAGUCGCGCCAGCCAGCGAAGGGCCGGCCCGCGCCGUCGAAAGCUAAGGUCUCGCCGUCGAGAGCCAACGCCCCGUUGUCGCCGACAGCGGGCGCCGACCCGCUCACCAUGUCUCUGGACGAUCUGAUUGCGUCCAAGAAGAAGAAGAAGGCGCGCGAGUCUGUCAAGGCCAAGACGAUCCCGCCGGUCAAGAAGCAGCAGCUCGCGCAGGCCCACGCCAAGCAAAAGCGGCGAUCCGCUGUCAACGAGCGACGUGGCGUGGCCCAGGCACCCGAACCGCCCGUGCGUCGCGGUGGCCGGCCUCCGCGGCGCCGACCCGCAACCGCGAUGCCCAACUGGGCCAAGCACAGCUUGGAGCACCCGACCAAGUUUGAGGUGCCAAAGGGCAUGAACUUCAAGAUUUCGAUUGCCAUGGACAACGUCCGUCCCGUUGUGGGCAUGGCGCCGCCGCCGCAGCGCCGUCGGUCGAUCCGUCGCUGGCCCAUCCUCCGUCGGCCCAUCGUUGCCGGCGCGCCGUCGUUGGCGUCGUCGCACCCACGGACCGCCAACCCGCUACCCGUCGACGAGCCGCAUGUGUACCGCGGCGCGUCUGGGUACUUCUGGCCAAGGGCAGCGAUCCACGCGGCCUGCGUCGAUGCGCCGCCUGUCUCCUUCGGCGGGGCGACGACCAACGGCAAGGCUGUUUUUGCGACGACCAGUUUUCACAUGCCGCUCAAGUACAGCGACGUCCUCGACAUCGUCGGCAGCGCUGCGCGCGAGAGCGGCCCGGGCGUCGCGUCGCGCACGAAAUGGCCGUGGACGUUCCGCGACUACCGCGCGGACAUGCCGCACGAGGUGCUCCUCCGGCGCGGCGCGUCGCUCGUCCACCAUGUCGCGCAUGAGUGCAAGGCGCGGAAUUCGCUCGAGCACGCGGGCUCGCUCGACGAGAAGGUCUUCGCCAAGAAAGACAGCAGCCGCAAUCUCUUUAGCGUCAACGCGAUGGUCGAGAUGGCCGGGUCGAUGCCCCAAGUGCUUGACGUGCUCGUCGGCAAGCACGGCGACGACUAUGCGAGCUUCCUCGCGCGCGUCUUCCGCGGCCACCUCGUCGGGACCGCGACGCUGCGCGCGCUCGCGGUGUCGCCCGACGGCUACGUGCACGAGAAGCCGCCGCUGUCCGAGGCGGGCACGUCGACAGAUGCCAUGGACGACGGCAACACGUUCAACCACGUGGCGGCGAUCGCGACCGCCGAGCUGCGCGAGACGCACUUUUUCAAGAAGGUGUCGAAAGAGCUAUUGUACAUGGACUUUAUGCACAUCCAACCGAACGAACGCGCGGUCACGCGCGUCUUCAAGACGAUCGACAACGAGAGCGGGCCGAUGAGCGCGAUGGAGCGCUACAAGCACGUGCUCUUUGGCUACCACGUCGAGCGGCUCGGGCGCGGCGACCGGCUCCGCAUUAGCUUUUACGGCGACUAUUGCAUUAGCGUCCAGCAAAAGCAGUCGUGGAAGGACACCAAGCACCUGCUCGAGAAGCUCGCGGCGUCCGUGCACCUCGUCAAGCGCAUCUGCGAACGCCAGCACAUCGAGUCGGCCUUGCCGUGGACGACCGACGACAAGAUGGACGCCAAGAAGUGGUGCCACGUGUGCCACAAGUCGUUUUCGCUCUUUCGGAAGCGCACGUACUGCAAGUACUGCGCGCUGCCCGUGUGCUCCGACUGCUUCAAAUUCGAGCCGAUCGCGAUGGCCGGCGGUGCCAGUUACGAGGUGUGCAUCUGCCGCCUCUGCAAGACGACGCGGCAAGCACGCACGCAGAGCACGCGCGCGUCCAUGAGCUCGCACCUCUCGUCGCACCACCGUGUGUCCCGGUCGUCGGCGAACCGCCACUCGGUCGGGUACUAUGACGCCGAUCACGACGACGACGACGACGAGCACCCGAAAAGCAGCAUGAUGCCGCUGCCGAUCGUGCCCGAGACGGACCCGUGCAGCCUCUGCCGGCAACCGACGACGACGUCGGCGACCACGUGCCGGCUCUGUCGACAGUCGUGCUGCGCCCACUGCUGCCGCAUCCAGCAGUACACGAACCGGCAUGGCAUCGCGUUCGAGGCGUGGCUCUGCCUCCAGUGCCUCGCGUCGACGACGCAAGCGGUGACUGGCCCGCCGUCGCACAAGCGCGACCGGAUAUCCGUCUACGAAAAGCCACCGGCCGAGACGACGACGGCCAACAAUAACAACUUUACCGCGUCCGACUUUAUCGACACGGCGUCGUAUGCCGUCAAGCACCUCGUGGCCAACCCGAAUCCGAAUCCGAAUCCCAACUCGAAUCCGAAUCCGAAUCCGAAUGCACCAACCGUCCAAGGAGGCAGUGCGGGGCGGCUCUCGACGGACCGUGCGAACGAAGCACGGUACUCGCGGCACAGCAGCACCAACGAGCCGCGCUUCCAGCACGAGCCGCACCGUCUCAGCGAGCAGUCGGAGCUCCGGUCGAGCUUUAGCGUCGACGAGAACGGGUUCGACAACACCACGGCGGAUGGCUACACGUUUGCAUUGCCGAUGCACGCCGAAGGCAGCAACGCGUCCGAAGACAACGCGAGCGUCAUGAACACGACCUUGCACCGCGCCGACGACGACGACGACGACGAGGAGGGGCACCCGCUCGCCGCGACGUCUCCGAUCGUGCUCAACGGUGUCGCCUUCCACACCGAGUCGCUCCUCGCGCUACCCAAGCCCAAGCCAAAGCAAGCCUCGCCCAAGCACGUCGUCUCGCUCGGCGCCGUCUCGAACGCCCGCCUCCUCCUCCACGACACGCCGUCGACCAAGAAACAAGUCGCAUCGAGCAGUGUCCAGAGCAACGAGAACGCUGUGCCAAGCGUCCGGUCGACGGCGCCAAGCACGAACGUUUUGCCCCGGGACGCGCGGUCGACUGCAACCAAUGACGCGCAAGAUGCGAUCGAAGCAGAGACCUUGCGUGUCGUCGCGUUCCUCGACAUGGCGUCCAACGACGCACUCGAUAGCAUGUGCCACACGAUCGCGACCCGCAUGGACUGCGCGUACGGGUUCGUCGUGUUGAUUUAUAAGGGCGACUUUGUGCUCAAAGGCGCGGCGUCCGGCGACCGAUCGGAUGCCGACGCGCCGACACAGAUCCCGCGGGACUGUAUUCUAUCGAGCCACAGCUGCCAAGUGCCGCUGAUGCUACCGGACGCCGAGAUGGACCCGCGGUUCGCGCACUCGCCGCGCGUGCUCGGCGACGAGCGCAUCCGCUUUUACUACGGCCUCCCGCUCGUGUCACCUUCAGGUGUGCUCCUCGGCACCGUCGCCGUCGCCGACACACACGCCCGUGUGCGUAUUUCCUCCAAGCAGCACCAAGCCAUGAUCUGGUUUGCCGAGUCCACCGCCGCGCUCAUCGUCCACCGCGUCCAGACCAUGUAGUUGGAUGCUCCGUGCCAAUCGACGUC